AUGAGCACGGGGGAUGUUAAGUAUCAUGAUGAAAUUUGGUGGAUUGAUGUUGGGUCUGAGGGUGGGUCAACUACAACUGAGGUGUCAACUACAACUGAGACGUCAACUACAACUGAGGCGUCAACUACAAAUGAGGCGUCGACUACAAGUGAGGUGUCAACCAUGCUAACUAGUACAACAUCAACGACCACUGACACAACUUCAAAUCGUACAACAACUCGUGUAACUUCCAGUACGUCGGAUAGCUCGAGCACCGUUCUAUCCACGCCCACUACUACUGAUGCCCCUUCUUCCGCUAUGGGAUUAUUAGGACACGUUCAAAUGGUUAUCUUAGCAUUUACCGUCGUCAUUGUAAAACUAUAG